CUCUUGUGAGAGUCACUUGGAAGCUGAAGGCUGAGGCUACUGUGCACAUUCUUGGCUCUGUGGUAUCAGGGCUAGAAGGAAGUCAUGCAGGCAGGUUUGGCCGUGUCCCAAGGACUGCGAAAUUUUAGACAGAGAAGCAGCAACAUGGCCACUUAUCACAUCCGCAUAUACCAGGAGGGUGACCGAAAACCAGUGCUGGACUUGUUCUCCAGAGGGAUGGCUGAGCAUGUCCCUGCCACCUUCCGCCACAUGCUGAUGCUGCCUGGAAUCCUACUGCUUGAGCUGGGGGUGCCCCUCUCCCUGCUCCUGUUCUCUGGCUCUUGGCUCUUGGCUGUCAUGUCCAGCGUCACUCUGCUCCUCUUCUUGUGGUUCCUUGCCAGAUACACCUGGCAGCAGUAUGUGGUCACAUGUUUGCGCACUGACCUGGCUGACAUCACCAAGUCCUACCUGAGUGCCUGUGACUCUUGUUUCUGGGUUGCUGAGUCUGGGGGGCAGGUGGUGGGCACUGUGUGUGCUCUGCCAGUGAAGAAUCCACCACCGGGGAAGAAGCAAUUGCAGCUGUUUCACCUCUCAGUGUCCAUGGAGCACCGAGGAGAGGGGAUAGCAAAAGCCUUGGUCAGGACUGUCCUCCAGUUUGCCCGGGACCAGGGCUAUGGUGAAGUUGUACUUGGGACAAGUAUGUUACAGCACAGUGCCCUGGCCCUCUACCAGGGCAUGGGCUUCAAGAAGACAGGCUAUUUUUUUGUGAAUAUACUCUGGAAGCUAACAGGUAUUCCUAUGUUUCAUUUAAUGUACCACCUGCCUUCUGCUCAGGAUAGGGGCCUGUGAUCUAUUUGUUUUGUAUUAAUGGAAACCUGAUUGUGUCUGCUGUAGUCAUAAACAAACUAUGACAUUUCUAUUAUACACCAUAAAAUCUCAUUGCCUGUACCAAUCUGUCUGUGUCCAGCAUGUUUGAUGGUGGCAUUCAGGCAGUGACAGGUCUUCUUCAUUCUGUCUUUGUGGAUUGCUCCCACUUCAUUUUUCCAGUGGCAUGAUAAUGUUGCUUUAAAACAACCACGUCACAAUAAAAGACACAC